CUCCUCAGACCCCGCGUCCUCAUAUGAGGACAUUACAUUUUUGCUGUUCUGCACCAUGAUACUGAAUUUGUAAGAAUUUUGACCAAUUGUCCUCAUCUCGGGGGCAUGUCCGCACCACCUAGUGGUCUCAUAAUGAAAUUACACUCAUUUGAAAAAAAACAGCAUGGCGGAGAUGACGGCCAAUUUCUUCGACGGCAACUCCCGACAGAAACAUGGACAAGGUGAACCUAACUGGUACAGUCAUGAAGAACAGGAUCCCAAAAGCAAUGCAGAAGCUUCCAAGUGACAAGAUCAUGAAGCAGCAAGACAGAUGGUCCUCCGCAUCAGUUGUCAGGGGAGUUGGGAAACUGAAUGUAGUGAAAUGGUUUGACAACAAGCCGGUCCUGAUGCUCUCUGCUGUCCAUGCUAAGGAGCCAGAGGACACCUGCCAGCGGUGGUCCAAGAAGGACAAAUGCUAUUUAACCAUCAGAAGACCAAAUAUUGUACAGGAGUACAAUGCAAAAAUGGGUGGGGUAGACUUAUCAGACAGAAUGAUGAGUUCGCUAUAACAUGUUCAUAAUGAAGUUCAUAAACUUUGCACUUUUCCAUGCAAAAGCUGCACACUUUUUUCUGCAAUUUUGUGUUUGUUGACAGUAUAAAAUAAACUUGUACUUUGUUAACCAA